ACAGCUUGUCACAUCCUCCAUUAUUCUACGAAAAGAUUUCGAGCAGAUUGCAUUUUCAGUGCGUUUUUUUUACGUGUUUUAUAUAAGUGCUUAAGCUUUUAUAAGCGUUUAUUAGCUAGUAAACAUUAGUGUGUGCAUAUUAUUAACAAAAAAAUGGGAAAAGAUUACUAUAAAAUCUUGAAUAUCGCGAAAGGUGCGAGCGAUGACGACAUCAAAAAAGCUUAUAGAAAACUGGCUUUAAAAUACCAUCCAGACAAAAAUAAGGCUGCUGGGGCCGAAGAGAAGUUCAAAGAAGUCGCAGAGGCCUACGAAGUUCUAUCGGACAAAAAGAAACGCGACAUUUACGAUCAGUAUGGUGAGGAGGGUCUCAAGGGUGGAAUUCCAGCUGGAGGUGCAGGUGGAGGUGGAGCUGGCGGAGCCAAUCCCAACUUCACUUACACAUAUCAUGGAGACCCUAGGGCUACUUUUGCACAGUUCUUUGGCAAUUCUUCACCAUUCUCUGCCUUCUUUGACUUUGGUAAUGGCGGAGGAGGUGGUAAUAUGUUCAUGAAUGAUGAUGAGAUGGAUACAGAUGCUGGAGAUCCAUUUGGAUCCAGAGGAGGACCCAGGGCAGGCCCCGGAGGAGGAGCCUUUAGAAGCCAGUCAUUCAAUUUCCAACAGCCAAACUCCAGGAAUAAAGACAGAGUACAAGAUCCCCCUAUAGAAUAUGACUUAUAUGUCAGCCUAGAGGACAUCAUGAAAGGCUGCACGAAGAAGAUGAAGAUCAGCAGAAAGGUGUUGCAACCUGAUGGUUCUAUUAAGAAGGAAGAUAAAGUUUUGUCAAUUAAUGUGAAACCAGGAUGGAAAGCUGGAACAAAAAUCACUUUCCAACAAGAGGGAGAUCAAGGAAGAGGCAAAAUACCUGCCGAUAUUGUAUUUAUCAUUAGAGACAAACCACAUGCUCUGUUUAAACGAGAAGGAAGUGACAUCAAAUACACUGCUAAGGUCACACUCAAACAGGCCUUGUGUGGAUGUACUAUAGAAGUUCCUACCAUGGGCCCAAAGAAGCUUUCCCUAAACUAUUCCAGUGAAAUCAUCAAGCCUAAUACCAUCAAGAGGAUCCAAGGAUAUGGCUUACCACUACCAAAAGAACCAUCACGAAAAGGGGAUCUUAUUGUCAACUUUGACAUUAAAUUCCCAGACACCUUAUCACAGUCUGUCAAAGAUAUUUUGUAUGAUACAUUGCCUAAUUAAGUAUAAUGUUAUGUGACUUGUAAAUUUUGUAUGUUUUAAUACAAUUUGAGUGUAAGGGGAUGUACUUUGCUUGCUUUUGUUAUUAUUUAAAACUGUGUUAUUUAAGUUUAUUUUAUAGGAAUUAUGAGAAACCAGAUGUAUGUAAAAAUAUGUUGAAAUAGCAUGUUUGUAAAUAUAUAUUCUGUAAAACUUCUCUUGUAUUUGAAAUGUUUGUAUGGUUUUAAGAUUUAAGCUUAUUUAAUAAAUAUUGUCUUUCAAGUUUA